UCCCAAAGGAACCUACGAUGCUGAGUCCAAGAUGUGUGAUGGCAUCAGCCAUGAAGACUGAGCAACCCGCCCUGGAAAUCUUUGAGACGGCCGAGAGCCAGGAAAAUGUGGUGGCGGCCGAGGAGACGGUCAAGCUGGAGCCAUAUUACGUGGAGAGACAUUCAUGGAGUCAUCUGAAGAAGCUCCUGGCAGAUACCAGGAAGUAUCACAGCUGCCUGAUGGCCAAGGCACCCCACGACUUCACAUUUGUGAAGAGGAAUGAUCCAGAAUGUCCUCAUUCAUACCGCAUGUACUAUCUGGCCAUGUCCGGUGAAAACAGAGAAAACACCCUGUUUUAUUCCGAAAUCCCCAAAACCGUAAACAAGGCUGCCAUUCUUAUGCUGUCUUGGAAGCCUCUUUUAGACCUUUUUCAGGCCAGCCCAGAUUAUGGGAUGUACUCACGAGAGGAGGAGUUGUUGCGGGAGAGGAAACGCAUCGGCACCGUUGGGAUCGCUUCCUACGAUUAUCACCGGGAAAGUGGCACAUUUUUAUUCCAAGCCGGCAGUGGGAUCUACCACGUCAAAGAUGGCGGCCCAAAUGGGUUUACGCAACAGCCUUUGCAGCCCAAUCUGGUUGAGACCAGUUGCCCUAAUAUUCGGAUGGAUCCGAAAAUCUGCCCAGCAGAUCCCAACUGGAUUGCCUUUAUCCAUAGCAAUGAUAUCUGGAUCUCCAAUCUGGCAACCAAAGAAGAGUGGAGGUUAACCUUUGUACAUAAAGAACUUGCCAGCAUUGAAGAGGAUCCCAAGUCUGCUGGAGUUGCUACCUUUGUGCUGCAGGAGGAGUUUGACAGAUACACGGGCUACUGGUGGUGCCCAGCAGCUGAGCCAAUUGCUGACGGAGAAAAAAUCCUUAGAAUUCUGUAUGAAGAAAACGACGAGUCAGAGGUGGAAAUUAUUCAUGUCACAUCCCCCAUGUUGGAAACCAGGAGGACGGAUUCUUUUCGGUAUCCCAAGACAGGCACAGCAAAUCCCAAAGUCACUUUCAAGUUAUCUGAAAUAACCAUUGGUUCGGAUGGCAGAAUUUUGGAUGUUGUUGACAAAGAACUGGUCCAGCCCUUUGAAAUCUUAUUCGAUGCAGUAGAAUAUAUCGCCAGAGCAGGAUGGACACGGGAGGGAAAAUACGCCUGGGCCAUCCUGCUGGAUCGUUCUCAAACCCGGCUGCAGAUUGCCUUGCUUCCCCCAGCUUUAUUUAUCCCCAUGGAAGAGGACGCCAUGGAGAGACAGAAAUUAAUGGAUGCUGUGCCUGACUCCGUUACGCCUUUGAUCAUUUACGAAGAAACAACAGACAUCUGGAUCAAUAUCCAUGACAUCUUCCAUAUUUUCCCCCAAACGCACGAGGAUGUCAUAGAAUUCAUCUUUGCCUCCGAGUGCAAAACAGGAUUCCGACAUCUGUACAAAAUCUCCACCCUUUUAAAAGAGAGCAAAUAUAAACGAUCUUCGGGGGGACUUCCAGCUCCAAGUGACUUCCUAUGUCAUGUCAGAGAAGAGCUGCCCAUCACCCAUGGAGAAUGGGAAGUGCUUGGCCGACACGGUUCAAAUAUCCGGGUGGACGAAGUUAACAAACUGGUAUAUUUUGAAGGUACAAAAGAUUCUCCCUUGGAACACCACUUAUACGUUGUUAGCUACAAGAACCCUGGAGAGAUUAAGCGACUGACCGAACGUGGUUUCUCACAUGCUUGCUAUGUUAGCCAGGACUGUGAAAUGGUUAUAUGUAAAUUUAGUAAUCAGAAAAGCCCCCACCAGGUCUCCCUCUACAAGCUGACUGGCCUGGAAAAGGAGAUUGCUCACAGGUCCAAGGAAUUCUGGGCCACCAUUUUGCAUUCCUCAGGAUCUCUCCCAGAUUACAUCCCCCCAGAGAUCUUCUCUUUUGACAGUUCCUCAGGAUUUGUGCUUUAUGGGAUGAUGUAUAAGCCCCAUGAUUUACAACCUGGGAAGAAAUACCCCACGGUGCUUUUCAUCUAUGGGGGCCCCCAGGUGCAGCUUGUAAACAACCGCUUUAAAGGAGUCAAAUAUUUCCGACUGAACACUCUGGCUUCUCUGGGCUACGUGGUGGUGGUGCUGGACAACCGAGGUUCCUGCCACCGGGGCCUGAACUUUGAAGGCGCCUUCAAAUAUAAGAUGGGACAAAUUGAAAUUGGCGACCAAGUGGAAGGCCUGCAGUAUUUGGCUUCCCAAUACGAGUUCAUCGAUUUAGACCGGGUUGGCAUUCAUGGAUGGUCCUAUGGUGGAUUUCUUUCCCUCAUGGCGCUGCUGCAGAAGCCAGAAAUCUUCAAGGUUGCAGUUGCUGGUGCUCCAGUCACGUUGUGGCUUUUCUACGACACGGGCUACACAGAGCGUUACAUGGGACACCCGGACAAUAACGAGCAGGGCUAUUGUUUGGGCUCAGUAGCCAUGCAGGCAGAGAGGUUCCCUUCCCAGCCCAACCGAUUAUUGCUACUGCAUGGAUUCCUGGAUGAAAAUGUUCAUUUUGCACAUACUAGUAUUUUGCUGAGCUUUCUGGUCAGGGCUGGAAAACCCUACGACCUCCAGAUUUAUCCGCAGGAGAGACACAGCAUCCGGGUUCCUGAAUCUGGAGAACACUACGAACUUUACCUCUUGUACUACCUCCAGGAGAAUCUGGGAUCACACAUGGCCGUGCUGAAGGCGAUGCCCUCCUGCCAGUCCCAGGACUUCUCAGCAUGACGCGUCCACGGCUGCUUAACCAAACAUGAGUGCUUAAGUGAUGCCUCCCUGGUGCCUGCUUCUAACCAAGAGAGAACUCUACCCACUGCCCGGCUUGAUUGAUGAUCCUCCUCCUUUUUCAGGAGGCCCCCUGGUGCCAUACAGAAGAUUACUGUACAGCAAAUGAAUCAUUUUAAAUGUAAAUAAUAAAAUAGAUGGCUGUGUGGCCUCUUAGAUCCUG